AUGCGUCCCGAGGUCGAGCAGGAGGUGAGCCACACGCUCCUUGUCGAGCUGCUGGCGUACCAGUUUGCUUCCUCUGUAGGCUGGAUUGAGACACAAGAUGUCUUUCUCGCUGAGAAGACCUCCGAACUUAGUGUCGAGGUCGGUCCUGCGGACACGCUGAGUGUCAUGGCCAAGAGAACGAUUGCAUCUCAAUAUGAGGCUUUCGAUGCGGCAAAAUCGAUUCAACGCCAGAUUUUGUGCUAUAACAAGGAUUCAAAUGAGAUCUACUACGAUCAAGAACCUGUCGAAGAGGAACCUGAGCCCACAGCUCCUUCUGCAGAUGCUUCUUCGUCCCCUGCUGCCUCGGCUGCGGCGGCUUCACCAGUAGCUGCUGCUGCUCCGGUCCCGAGUGCAGGCCCAGCCGCUUCAGUACCAGAUGCUCCAGUAGCGGCCAUAGACAUUGUGCGAGCCCUCAUCGCUCAGAAGCUCAAGAAGCCUUUCCUGGAGAUCCCUCUUAGCAAGGCCAUCAAGGACAUGGUUGGUGGCAAAUCAACUCUUCAGAAUGAGAUCCUCGGAGACCUUGGAAAGGAGUUUGGAUCGACUCCCGAAAAGCCGGAAGACACACCACUCGAUGAACUAGGCGCGGUCAUGCAAGCCACAUUCAAUGGACAGCUUGGCAAGACUUCACAAGGCCUGGUGGCACGUCUGGUCUCCUCCAAGAUGCCCGGCGGUUUCAAUAUCACGGCCGCCCGCAAGUAUCUUGAGACAAGAUGGGGCCUCGGCUCUGGCAGACAGGACGGAACUCUUGUCGUAGGCAUCACCAUGGAGCCACCAGCCCGAUUAGGCUCGGAGGCUGAUGCCAAGGCCUUCCUUGACGAUGUAGCUCAGAAGUACGCAUCCCACGCUGGUAUCAGCUUGUCCACUGCUGCGACAGCUGGCCCUGCCGCCGGAGCCGGAGCCGGUAUGAUGAUGGAUCCCGCAGCUCUGGACGCCCUCACCAAAGAUCAACGCGCGCUAUUCAAACAGCAACUAGAGCUGUUGGCGAGAUACCUGAGGAUGGAUCUUCGCGCUGGCGACAAGGCUGCCUUGGUCUCGAAGCAAUCAGAACAGGUCCUUCAAGAUCAGCUAGAUCUCUGGACGGCAGAGCACGGCGACUUCUACGCUGAAGGCAUCAAGCCCAGCUUCAGUCCACUCAAGGCGCGUACCUAUGAUUCCUCCUGGAAUUGGGCGCGUCAGGACGCCCUCAGCAUGUACUACGACGUUAUCUUCGGAAGACUGAAGGCAGUGGACCGAGAGAUUGUCAGUCGCUGCAUCCGCAUCAUGAGCAAAUCAAACCCGCGGCUCCUUGAAUUUAUGCAAUAUCACAUCGACAACUGUCCUACCGAGCGCGGUGAGACAUACAAACUGGCCAAGUCUCUUGGUGAACAGUUGAUUGAGAACUGCAAGGAUGUCUUGGAAGUUCCUCCCGCAUACAAAGAUGUGGCUGUCCCCACGGGCCCUCACACCAAUGUUGACAAUAAGGGCAACAUCAGCUACAAGGAAGUCCCGAGACCUAGCUGCCGCAAGCUUGAGCAUUAUGUUCAGCAAAUGGCUGAAGGUGGUAAGCUCACCGAGUAUGGCACGAGGAGCAAGGUCCAUAAUGAUCUCUCGCGAUUGGUCAAACUCAUUAGAGCUUCACAAACCAUGGCCAAGACCACACAGCAUGAGAUGAAGGCUCUCUCGAACAAUGUUCGUCAAUCGCUAGCAAUGAACGAGAGCCAGAUCCUUCCCAAGGAGACUGGCAAGCCUGGCCUCGUCAAAAAGAGUGGCCUGAAGGCCAGCACCCAAACCAGCAAGGGCAAGACCGAGGCCAUCCCGUUCCUGCAUCUCAAGACCCAUGAUGACCUCACCGGGUGGGAGUACGACAGAAAGCUAACCAAGAUCUACUUGGAUUGUCUCGCGGAUGCUGCCAAGUCAGGCAUCACCUACGAGGACAAGUACGUGCUGAUGACAGGCGCCGGUGCUGGGUCAAUCGGAGCUGAGGUUCUUCAGGGUCUGAUCAGCGGUGGUGCCAGGGUCCUCGUUACCACCAGUCGAUUCUCGAGAGAGGUGACAGAGUACUACCAGUCGAUGUACUCCAGAUACGGUGCGCGUGGAUCACAGCUUGUCGUUGUUCCCUUCAACCAGGGCAGCAAGCAGGAUGUAGAGGCCUUGGUCGACUACAUAUAUGACGCGAAGAAGGGCCUUGGCUGGGACCUUGACUACAUCGUUCCUUUCGCAGCCAUCUCCGAACAGGGCCGCCAGAUCGAUGGCAUUGAUUCCAAGUCUGAACUGGCCCAUCGCAUUAUGUUGACCAACCUUCUCCGCCUACUGGGAUGUGUCAAGACCCAGAAGGUUGAGCGUGGAUUCGAGACACGCCCAGCCCAAGUCAUUCUCCCCUUGUCACCGAACCACGGCACAUUCGGCAGUGAUGGUCUGUAUUCCGAGUCCAAGCUGGGACUCGAGACUCUUUUCAACCGCUGGCGCUCAGAAGACUGGGGAAACUAUCUCACCAUUUGUGGUGCUGUGAUUGGCUGGACCCGUGGCACUGGGCUUAUGUCCGGCAACAAUGUUGUCGCCGAAAGCGUUGAGCAAGAAGGUGCGCGCACCUUCUCACAGCAAGAAAUGGCUUUUAAUCUGCUCGGCCUCAUGUCGCCCGACAUUGUGGACCUUUGCCAGCACCAGCCCAUGUUUGCCGAUCUCAAUGGCGGUCUUCAGUUCAUUAAGAAACUGAACACCUUGAUGUCCAAGGAACGCAAAAACAUCAUGGAGACCAGUGAAAUUCGUCGUGCAGUCACGAAGGAAACGGCAAUUGAGAACAAGGUUGUCAACGGCCAGGAGACUGAGGCAUUGUACAAGAAGAAGGUCAUCGAGCCUCGAGCCAAUCUCAAGUUCGAUUUCCCUACGCUGCCAGACUGGAAGCAGGACAUUAAUCCUCUCAAUGCUAACCUCAAGGGCAUGGUCGAUCUUGACAGGGUCGUUGUUGUCACCGGCUUUGCUGAAGUUGGACCCUGGGGCAAUUCGCGAACCCGGUGGGAGAUGGAAGCCUAUGGCGAGUUCUCUCUGGAAGGAUGCGUCGAGAUGGCCUGGAUCAUGGGCCUCAUCAAGAACCACAAUGGACCCAUCAAGGGCAAGCCUUACUCCGGCUGGGUUGACGCCAAGUCUGGGGAGCCUGUUGAUGACAAGGACAUCAAGCAGAAGUACGAGAAGUUCAUCUUGGAGCAUUCGGGUAUCCGUCUUAUCGAGCCGGAGCUGUUUGAUGGGUAUGAUCCCAACAACAAGCAGCUUCUGCACGAGGUUGUUAUCGAAGAAGAUCUUGAUCCUUUCGAAGCAUCCAAGGAUACCGCCGAAGCAUUCAAGAAGGAGCACGGCGACAAGGCAGAGAUUUUCGAGAUUCCCGACAGCGGCGAGUACAUUGUUCGUAUGAAGAAGGGCGCUUCUCUCUGGAUUCCCAAGUCUCUCCGAUUUGACCGACUCGUUGCCGGUCAGGUCCCUACGGGCUGGGAUGCCAAGAAGUAUGGUGUACCUGAAGAUAUCAUCUCGCAAGUCGACCCCGUCACCUUGUUCGUUCUUGUCUCUGUUGCCGAGGCUCUCCUGUCUUCUGGUAUAACGGACCCUUACGAGUUCUACAAGUACGUCCACGUCUCUGAGGUCGGCAACUGCAUUGGUUCCGGCAUGGGUGGUGCCGGUGCCCUGCGAGGCAUGCAUCGCGACCGCUUCUUGGACAAACCCGUCCAGAAUGACAUUCUGCAAGAGUCAUUCAUAAACACGAUGGCUGCGUGGGUGAACAUGCUGCUUUUGUCUUCCUCGGGCCCCAUCAAGACUCCUGUCGGAGCCUGUGCCACCGCCGUCGAAUCUGUUGACAUUGGUUAUGAAACCAUCAUGGAAGGCAAGGCUCGUGUUUGCCUCGUGGGAGGCUUCGAUGAUUUCGGUGAAGAGGGUUCCUAUGAAUUUGCCAACAUGAAGGCAACAAGCAACUCUGUCGAUGAGUUUGCUCACGGCCGCACUCCCAAGGAGAUGUCGCGUCCUACCACAACCACCAGAAAUGGCUUCAUGGAAUCUCAAGGUUCCGGUGUCCAGAUCAUCAUGACAGCCAAGUUGGCUCUGGACAUGGGUCUGCCCAUCCAUGGAAUCCUCGCCCUCACAACGACUGCCAGUGACAAGAUUGGCCGAUCAGUCCCCGCGCCAGGCCAAGGUGUUCUCACCACCGCACGCGAGACGGUCGGGUCCAUUCCAUCCCCCCUGCUUGACAUGAAGUACCGACGUCGACAGAUUGAGUUCCGCAAGAAGCAAGUCAACAUGUGGAAAGAAGCCGAACUUGAACACUUGCAUGGCGAAAUUGAGGCAAUGAAGUCCCAAGGUCAUCAAUUCGAUGAGCGGAGAUACUUGCAGGAACGCUCGGCACAUGUUGACAAGGAGGCUGCCAGGCAAGUGAAGGAAGCCCUACGAAGCUUUGGCAACAACUUCUGGAAACAAGAUACGACGAUUGCUCCCCUGCGCGGCGCACUGGCUACAUGGGGUCUUACUAUCGAUGACCUCGACGUCGCAUCAUUCCAUGGAACCUCUACUAAGGCGAACGACAAGAACGAGUCUUCAGUCAUUUGUCAACAGCUCCGCCACUUGGGUCGAAAGAAGGGCAAUGCCGUCCUCGGCAUCUUCCAGAAGUACCUCACGGGUCAUCCCAAGGGUGCUGCUGGUGCUUGGAUGAUGAACGGCUGCUUACAAGUGCUCAACACUGGUUUGGUACCGGGCAACCGCAAUGCCGACAAUGUUGAUGAAGUCAUGGAGCAAUUUGACCUGAUUGUUUACCCUAGCCGAAGCAUUCAGACCGACGGUGUCAAAGCAUUCUCUGUGACUUCAUUCGGUUUCGGCCAGAAGGGCGCCCAGGCCAUCGGUAUCCACCCCAAGUACCUCUAUGCCACGCUUGACGAAGAGACCUUCAACGAGUACAGUUCCAAGGUGGCUGCCCGCCAGAAGAAGUCAUACCGCUACCUGCAUAACGGUAUGAUCAACAAUGCCUUAUUCCAGGCCAAAGCCAAUGCCCCGUACACCGAAGAGCAACUCGGCGCUGUGCUCCUCAACCCGGAAGCCCGAGUCUCCAAGGAUAAGAAGACAGGUCAACUGAUAUACGCGGCAAAUUUUGCGAAGCAAGCUGCGGCAUUGAGCAUCGUGAAACCCAAAUCUACCAAGGAGAGUGUCGAGGAGCUUGCGCGAAGCAUUGCCACGGGAUCGAACAACAAAGUCGGCGUAGACGUUGAGGAUAUUAUGGCCAUCAACAUUGAGAACGAUACUUUCAUUGAACGCAACUUCACUGAUCUCGAGAUUGAAUACUGCCGAAAGACUCCCAGCCCGCAAAGCUCUUUUGCUGGUCGCUGGAGCGCAAAGGAGGCAGUAUUCAAGAGCCUUGGAGUGAAGAGUAAGGGCGCUGGUGCAGCCCUGAAGGAAAUCGAAAUCAUUCCUGGUGAAAUGGGUGCUCCAAUUGUGUCUCUUCAUGGGGAUGCCGCCGAUGUGGCGAGGAAGGCAGGUGUCAAGGAGAUCAGCGUUUCCAUAUCGCACUCCGACGCGCAAGCAAUUGCAAUUGCCGUCUCGACAUUCUAG